GUGAACUUCGUAUUGUAGCCAUACCAGCUGGAAGCACGUGUCGAGACUUUUGCUAAGCAAGAAAAAUGUCUCACUAUAACUUCAAAAAGAUAACUGUAGUCCCUACAGCAAAGGACUUUGUUGAUAUUGUCUUGUCAAAGACACAGAGAAAGACUCCCACAGUUAUUCACAGGCAUUAUGCCAUCGGUAGAAUUCGACAAUUCUAUAUGCGAAAAAUUAAAUUUUCGCAGCAGAGUUUUCACGAUAAACUUACUCAGAUAAUUACAGACUUUCCUAAACUGGAUGAUAUCCAUCCUUUUUACGCGGAUUUGAUGAAUGUUUUGUAUGACAAAGACCAUUACAAACUUGCCCUUGGUCAAAUAAAUACUGCGAAACAUUUAGUUGACAAUGUUGGGAAAGAAUAUGUUAGAUUGUUAAAAUACGCAGAUUCUCUCUAUCGAUGCAAACAACUUAAGAUAGCUGCCCUUGGAAGAAUGUGCACAAUUAUGAAGAAGCAAGGUCAGAGUUUGGCAUAUUUAGAACAAGUUCGACAGCAUUUGGGCCGUUUACCAUCGAUUGAUCCGAAUACUAGGACCUUGAUAAUAACUGGCUUUCCAAAUGUUGGAAAGAGCUCAUUUAUAAAUAAAGUAACUAGAGCAGAUGUAGAAGUUCAGCCAUAUGCUUUCACAACUAAAGCAUUAUAUGUUGGGCACAUGGAUUAUAGAUAUUUACGUUGGCAAGUUGUGGACACCCCAGGAAUAUUGGAUCACCCAUUAGAGGAAAGAAAUACUAUAGAAAUGCAAGCGAUUACGGCUAUGGCCCAUCUAAGAUCAGCCGUUCUUUAUGUUAUGGAUUUAUCGGAACAAUGCGGACAUAACUUACAUCAACAAUUAGCACUUUUUGAAAAUAUUAAACCUCUUUUUGCAAACAAACCACUAAUAAUAUGUGCUAAUAAAAUUGAUGUUAAAAAAAUAGAAGAUUUAGGACCAGAAGAAAGCGCCAUAUUUAAAAAGUUUGAAGAAGAUGGUAUCCCCGUUGUUGAAAUGUCAACUCUAACGGAAAAAGGUGUUAUGGAAGUUAAAGAAAGAGCUUGUGAUUUGCUUCUUACUGAUCGAGUUGAAACCAAGUUAAAAGGAAGGAAAAUGAACGACGUUAUCAACAGAUUGCAUUUAGCUGUACCAAAUAAAAGAGAUAAUGUAUCUAGACCACCAUGUAUACCUGAAGGAAUUUCGAAGAAGCCUUCUAUGGAAACAGGAGAGGAAAAAAUGAAAAAGAAGCUGGAAAGAGAUUUAGAAGUUGAACUUGCAGAAGACUAUAUUCUCGAUUUGCAAAAGAACUAUGAUUUAAACAAUGAGGAUGAAAAGUAUGAUGCUAUUCCACAAAUAUGGCAGGGUCAUAAUAUAUCUGAUUUCAUUGAUCCUGAAAUAAUGAAGAAAUUAGAAGAAUUAGAAAAGGAAGAAGAGUUAAGAGAAAAAGCUGGUCUCUAUGAUGACGAUGAAAGUGAGGAAGAUGAAGAAAUGAAAGAAAUCAGGCAAACUGCUAGAAAAAUCCGUGAAAAACGUAAAAUUAUAACCCUUGAAUCAAGAGAGAAGCGUAAAAUUGAAAAGCCAAGGUUGCCUAGAACAGCCAAAAAAAUAGAUACCGGGGACAUUCAGAAAGAGCUAGGAGAAUUAGGACUUGACAUCGAAGAUAAUGACAAGACACAUUUGGGUAAAGAAAGAUCCAGAAGUUUACAGAGGAAGGCUUUGAAGAGAAAGCGAGAAGCUUCUGUUGUAGAGGAUAGAAGCAAGAGUCGUGCCCGAAGUGCAUCCCGACAACCCAGAGAUAAAUCAGGACUCCGAGAUGAAAGCAUGGUCAAGAAGGCUAGAACAAUAGCAAAGAAUGCGCAGAAGAAAAUGAAUCGUGAGGCGAGAAAGGGAGAAGGUGAUCGUAAGAUAUUUGACUUGAAACCGAAACACUUGUUUGCCGGAAAAAGAAAGAUGGGCAAAACAGAUAGACGUUAA